AUGGGCAAGGGCAAGCUUAGUUCCGCCAUCAAGGCCGGCCAGACCGCCAUCGAACUCGGCCAAAACGUCCAGGGCAUCGCCGGCGCCGCCAACGAGCUCCGCAACGCAGACAAGGGCGAGCUUGGUCGCAAGGCCGGUCGACACGCUUUCAAUGAGGGUGCCGAGACGGGCAAGACCAUGGGAAAGGCGUGGCUCAAGACUUUCGAGGUCGUGCCGCGCCUCGUGUGUCGUGGUCUGCAGUUUGUCUUUGCGCUCAUUGCCUGUGGAUUUUACGGACAUCGCGUUAGCGAUAAUGACAAGGAUAACAAUGGUGGUUUCUCACCUGAAUGGUACUUUGCCCUCACUGUCGCUGGUCUGUCAGCUACCACGGCCAUUCUUUUUGUUGCGAUCACACCUCUCGGCGCUCUUCCCUACAUCGGCAGCAAGCUCAAGCUGUUCAAGACAUACCGUGCAUUCGCCUGGGACCUCAUUCUCUUUGUCCUGUGGCUCAUCGUUUUCGGCAUCUUUGCCGGUAUUUUUCUCGGACGCGACAGCGACGACAAGUACAAGGGUGCCUCAACGGGCCCCAUGAAGGUCGCUGUGUGGAUCGACCUCGUGAGCGUCAUUCUCUGGUUGAUUUCGGGUACUUAUGGCUGCCUCAAGACGUUUCUUGGCGAAAAGGCGGAUGCCCUCACGGAUAAGGUGGGACAGAAGCUGUUUGAGAAGAAGAACAAGGCUCCCGCCAAGGAGGCCAACUACGCCGAGAGCGUGUAA